UGCUGUCUACGAAGAGAUUUUACGAGCUCGUAUGGUGAAGUCAACUGAGAAAGUGCACCGUAGGCUGUCAGUUCUGUGAGUUCUCAGGCCCAGUCUUCAAAUUCUACCGCCCGCUUGUCGUGCUUUGAGGCAGAAACGUGCAUCUUGUUGCCGGAACGAAGAACGGAAAUAGAUGCCAGUGUUUCUGCUCAGUGUUGUUUUUCUAACUGACCACUGGAACUUUUCUGACUACGUGUGCGGUAAUCUGCAGGAGGAAUCACCUACUGAGAAAAGGCAUCUGGAUGCUCCACGUAAUUGUUUUGGUCCAAACCAGUAAUUUCCACACUAGUGACAAAAGCGGUGCAGAUAAACACGUUGUUCAUGGAACAAUUGCCAGGAUACACUCUGCUUCCCUGGCCCAAUUACGACUCCUGGCUUCACAAUCCAUGUUGAUAAGCACACUCGUAAUGGUUUGCUGUGUGCCAUGUGCUGUUAACUGCUCCAGCUUCUGGCUAAACAAUAUGUAACAACAAGUUGGAAUCCCUUUAUCAGAUACCCAGCAGUUGUCUUUUGAUAAGUUCAGACACCCAAGAUAAGUAAGACUUCUGGAUUUAGCGUCUCUUAUUGAUUCAGAAAAACGUAUUCCAUGUGCAUCUCUGCUGACACAAACCCACAAACUGUGUCUCACGCUGAUUAGAGCCAGGUCCAUUAGUAGGCCCUGUCUGCAACACUGACCAUAAUCACCUGUCUUUUAUCAGUUCCUACCCAAAUCAUAAUCUCAAUGAUUAAAGAAAUGAACGCACGUGAUUGACCUUAGAUCAGCCUCAAAGACAACAUCCUCCUUCUCCGGGACUUCUGCAUUUGGUGUCCUCGACUUAUGACAUCAUAGAAAAUACUCCCAAGCUUGCCAAUGGCUGCAUCGCCACUCCCAGAGCGCGACUCUGCUCCCCUGAAUCUGAAUCUGCAGGAGGUCGCCUCCAGCCGCGUGGUUGGCAGUGGUCACCGUGUCCGGUCACCCGUCUUCGGCGCCCCGUCCCUGCACCUGGACAACCACCCGAUCUGCAUCCCCUCCCCGUACACUGACGUCGGGCACAACUUCACCCCUUUGUCCUUCUACAGCCCCACUCUGCUAGGAUACGGUGGGCCCACCCUUCCCGACUGUCCGCCUGGCCGUCAGUCCGUCAGCCCCUCCCUCUACUGGCCCGCCCACGCUCACAUGAGGCCUCCAUUGGCUCUGCACCACCGGCCCCAGUCCCGGCCCCAGCACGGCCAGCCUACCCGCGGGCCUUGGGUGGAGCUGUCGCCUCAGUACCACGCCCCAUCUGAUAGCAGCAGCAAAGUUCUGAGGAAGGGCUCACAGGAAGGGGCAGAGACCAUCGUCUCGCCAGGAGUGAAGGCGGACCUGCAUUUCUGCGCAGUGUGUCACGACUACGCAUCAGGCUACCACUACGGAGUUUGGUCCUGUGAGGGCUGCAAGGCUUUCUUCAAAAGAAGUGUCCAAGGACACAAUGACUACAUCUGUCCCGCUACCAACCAGUGCACUAUUGACAAGAACCGUCGCAAGAGCUGCCAGGCCUGCCGCCUCCGCAAAUGCUAUGAAGUUGGCAUGACCAAGUGUGGAAUGCGUCGCGACCGCAGCCACUACCGGAACCAUCAACCGAGGCAUGUGGGGCGAUUCUCUUCCCGUGGCGCGGCUAGUGGGGCCAAGCUGGCCCCGGCUGAGGAGGGCGAGGCAGCCGGUGAGGUAAUCAAGGAACUCGGCCCCCCAGUGCUAACCCCCGAGCAGCUGAUUGGCCAGAUCUUGCACGCGGAGCCACCGGAAAUCUACCUCAGGGGGGAUAUGAGGAGGCCCCUGACGGAGGCCAACGUCAUGAUGUCACUCACCAACCUGGCUGACAAGGAGCUGGUCCACAUGAUCAGCUGGGCCAAGAAGAUCCCAGGAUUUGUUGACCUGAGCCUGUUCGACCAGGUCCACCUUUUGGAGUGCUGCUGGUUGGAGGUGCUGAUGUUGGGGCUCAUGUGGAGGUCUGUAGACCACCCUGGUAGGCUCAUCUUCUCCCCGGACCUCAGUCUGAGCAGGGACGAGGGGAGCUGUGUGGAGGGCUUUGUGGAGAUCUUUGACAUGCUGCUAGCGGCUACCUCCAGGUUAAGGGAACUCAAGCUGCAGAGGGAGGAGUAUGUCUGCCUCAAGGCAAUGAUCCUGCUCAACUCCAACAUGUGCUUGAGUUCCACAGAGGGGGGAGAAGAGCUUCAGAGUCGCUUGAAGCUCCUGCGCUUGCUGGAUGCCGUAACAGAUGCACUGGUGUGGGCCAUCGCUAAGACAGGCCUUAGCUUUCAGCAGCAGUCUGUACGCCUAGCCCACCUGCUGAUGCUGCUCUCACACAUCCGCCAAUUCAGUAACAAGGGCAUGGACCACCUGCACGGCAUGAAGAUGAAGAACAUGGUGCCCUUGUAUGACUUGCUCCUGGAAAUGUUGGAUGCCCACAUUAUGCACAGCUCCCGACUUCCCCACCAGACCAUCUCAGGGGACCCAGAGAAGAUCCCCUUGCAGCCCAACCCUAUCAGCAGCCUCCCUGCCCAGACAUGGACCCCCAGCAGCAGAGACGAGCCCAAGGAGCAGGAGCCGGUGGACUACAGGGACUCUGGUAGAAAGAAAGUGGUGAAAGUGGAUCUUUAACACAAAUGAAGAAGCAAAAAGGAUCAUGGAGAAACUAUGUGAAGCUGAACACUGACUGUGGAUGGAACUGCUUUUAAAACCACUCAUUAACUGAGAAACUGGGAACGAGUGUGGCAGAGUUUCAGAAGGUGCCUGGAAGGGAUUCUAGCUGUACCUCCAAUUGCUCUCAAAAGACAUUCUCCCCUUGUCUACUUUCAGCAUGACCACUUCUUUGGGUCUCUCUGAGGCUGCAAAGGCAAACAACGAGGGUCAGAAUAUCUCAGUGGAUCAGUGGAGGAACGGAGAUGAUGAGAAGGUGGCAAAGAGUAGCUUCCUGGGAUUGUCGUUUGGUUGUUAUGUGGGUGUCGUGCUGCUGAAAGUCAUGUUCUUUGUGUUAUUUUGUCUCUAUUGCUCACAGAGAAAGACAAGCACUUGAGUCUAUUUUUCUACAGAACACCUCAUGUGUGCAAGCCAUAUGCUUUACCUUUUUAUUUGUCAAUGGGAUCAUUUGCAUAAAUAAAUGACCAAUAAAAAUACAUUUAGCUAUGAGUGACAAUCAAAAGAUA